AUGCCAUCACCAGGGUCCUGGACUCGAGGACCACGCCGGAGCAGCCCGACGCGCCUGCAGGAGACCGUGACCGGGUUGCAGGAGAUGGUCGGCGGCACUCCGUCGAGGCUCUCGGACCAGGCUUUGGAGGCGAACCACGUGAUCCAGCAGAUCAGGAAUUCCGUGAGCAGCCUGGCUGGCACCGAGCAGACCCAAGGGCGGCAGUUCGGCGCCCUGCAGGCGACUGUGGACACGACCUCGGGGAACUUGCUGGCGACGCGGCAAUUGCUCGAGGGUGUCCUUGUCUCUGGAGGCGUGCGCUGGCAGGCUCCUCCCGAGGAGGCCGGCGCCCUGGGGGCUCUGGGGGUGCCCGGGAUGGCAGGGCCAGCUGGCGUGACAGCCGCUCACGUUGCAGCGGCCCCGAGCGCUCCCACCCCGCUGUUCGGGCAGUUCGUGGACGCCGAGCUCCACUCGCGUGCCCUGGGCGUGCUCGGGUUCGGCGUGGGCCGCGCGGACAUGCAGCAGCUCGCCGCGGCCAUCUCCACCGCGGGGUUGGCGCAGAUCACGUUCCCGGAGUGGUGGGUCUCGGUGCAGACGACCAAGACGAUGAUCCAGUGGAAGGCCAAAGCCACCGCCUACGGCUGCCCAGAAGGUGCCGUGAACGAGCUCACGAGUUUCCGAUUGGUCGGCCAGGCUCUCUUCUCGAAUGUGGUCUCGGACGGCACGUGGCAUUCUUCCAGCAUGCAACAUGUCAUCUUGCAGUGA